GUUUCAUUCUGAAGUAAAACUUCCGACUUCGUCAAAUGGCGGGUCCACACAUGUACAAAUUUCGGACAUAUCCGGGGAACCAGUUCAAUAAGGCUUUUCCAUUCUUUAGAAUCCCGGAAGAAUAUGGUUACUUCUCCCAAGAUUGUGACAGACAGUUCCGUUCCGACAAAAGUCAAUUACGUUUUUAUGUUCCACCAGCAAAUAUGAAUCGGGUUAAGUACGAUCUUACACAUGGAUAUUCUAAUCUGAUACGGAAGGACGAAAAUAAGAAAGAAUAUCUUGAUGACUUACUCAAGUGGGUCGUUGAAAACAAGAUGAAAUUCCAAAUAGUUCCAAGACAAACUCAGGAUUCUAAUGAAGACAUUCACCCACAAAUCACAAGUCUUAAUACAGACUUUGUGUGUUGGCGGGGACUGCUCACCAGGCUGUUGUGUACACCAUAUGAGAACCGGGAUGGAUGGAUCAUUGCUGUCACAUUGUUCAGAGGGACAUACUAUUUAUGUGAAUUUGAGACGGAGGAAAAAAGACAUGAGCGAGAGACGACCACAGAGAGACAGGACCAGAUGUGUUACGGGGGCUGGAAGUUUGAGCAGUAUCUUACUACAAAUGUAGAAGGAGGCAGCCCAGACACCAGUGUUCCUGUCAACAACAAUGAAGGCUUCUGCUCAGUGGUGAGGACACGGCUGAAUAAGCACUCUUUGGUAUUUGGAGGGGAGGUGGAUUGUGUCGAUCUGGCGCAUGGCUCCAAGAACAAGUAUGUAGAAUUAAAGACAUCUCGAAGGAUUGAUCAUCCAAGACAGAGAGAGAACUUUCACAGAUACAAGCUCAUCAAAUGGUGGGCCCAGAGUUUCCUUAUAGGCAUUGAGAAGAUCGUCUGUGGUUUCCGAGACGAUGAUGGAAUAGUUCACAGCCUUGAGGAGUUCGCGACACAAGGAAUACCUGACAUGGUCAAGGGUAUUCGGAAUCCAUGGAAUGCAGCAGUGUGCUUCAACUUUCUUGACAUGUUCCUUGAUUUUCUCAAAGAGACAGUUACCACAGAUGAUCCAAGAGUGGUCUAUGUGUGCAGAUGGCAGCCGAAAGAGGAUGUCAGCUGUGAGAAAAUGGCACCCAACUCAGAGUUUGUCUUCCUUCCAGACCGGUUCACACAGGAGGAAGCGUGGGGUUAAAUAUGAGCUUGUGUAACACAAUCCUGUAUCUGGACAUUCAGACUGGUUCAACCAGGUGGAAGUCUUGGGCUGAACAUGGGCUGAUGUAACACCAUUAUGUACCAGGACAUUAAGAUAUGAAAUUACUAGAAUACAGAUCAGAUUAGGAUCAGGAAGGGAUUUUAGUGUAUUUUAAACCUAUCUAUAAAUAGUCAUGCUGGUUGAUUUGUUUACCUCAACCAAUUUGAUUAUUGAUUGAGAGUGCCCAUAAUUUUACAUCAAAUCUUGCUUGUUAUUUUUAUGUGAUAUCAUUAUGCAACUGUUUAUCGACUAACACUCUUGAAAUAUCAGAUCAAGUCAUACAUUCAUUUACUGGAAAAUAAAGGCAAAAUAGUGCACUAAUUAUGAUCAGUUGAUGCUUGAUUGAUUCAGGCCAUGAAUCUGCUGGUAGAUCUUGCCAUUCCAUGUGAAGUAUGAGAUGGUGAAACAGGAGGUGGUUAACUGUGAGCUGUCCAUGGAGAGGGAUGUGUCAAAUCUAUUGGAUCUGGAGACUUCUAGCAGAGGUAUGAUGGCUGAAAAGGCUAACUCUUAUAUGUCAAUUGUCAUUGCUAAACACUUGUGGACAAAGGUGAUGGAAUCACUUAUGUUGGAUUUUCAGCUAUGUCCAUGAUGACAGCAGCUUUGUCUUUGUAUCCUCAUGGUGGUUGUAGGUAUGACUUGAGGACUUCAGCUAAGAGCUGCUGCUCAGGUUGACAACAGUUUUAGAUGUAAUGUGGCUGGCAUUCCUUCUGGACUGGGUUGGUCGUAUGUUGCUUUGCUAUUUCAGCUCUUGGAAUGUAUGUGUAGUUUUGGUCUCUAAUUGAUAUAUGUGACAUUUUUCUUUUUGAUUUUUGAUUUUGUUGAUAACUGGUGACCAUGUUCUUGUGUUCUAAAGCACCCUGUACAUGAA